UCUCCGCCCAGCCCAGAGGCCGGCGCCCGGCGCCCCGCCGCCGGCGCAAAGAACUACAUUUCCCAGGGCACCCCGAGCUGCCCCUUGGUGACUUCUUGGCGGGGCGGCUUGCAAGACCCAGAGUGCCUGCUGGCCGGAGGGCCAUCCUGAGGAGGGGAAGGAUGCCGCCGGCGGUGGGCAGAGGACUGGCAGGGUCCGAGCUGCGUCCCCGGAGGGGCCGCUGUGGGUCCCAGGCUGCUAGAGCUGUGGGCCCGGACGUGGCCGCCGAGGCUACAGCGCGGAGCCCCAAACGGCCUGCUCCAGGCUCGCGGCGCUUCGAGGCGGCAGGCCGGUGGGCUCUGCUGGCCCUGGUGACGCUGAUGUCCUUCGCCACCCGCUUCCACCGUCUGGACGAGCCGCCGCACGUCUGUUGGGAUGAGACUCAUUUUGGAAAAAUGGGAAGUUACUAUAUCAACCGUACCUUUUUCUUUGAUGUGCACCCGCCUCUGGGAAAGAUGCUGAUAGGUCUUGCUGGCUACCUGAGUGGAUAUGAUGGUACCUUUUUGUUCCAGAAGCCUGGGGAUAAAUAUGAGCAUCACAGCUACAUGGGAAUGAGAGGGUUCUGUGCGUUCCUUGGCUCUUUGCUGGUCCCCUUUGCCUACCUCACUGUACUGGAGCUGUCCCAGUCCCUCCCGGCAGCUCUGCUCACGGCUGCCCUCCUCACCUUUGACACAGGAUGCCUCACUCUGUCCCAGUACAUCCUCCUUGACCCCAUCUUGAUGUUCUUCAUCAUGGCUGCCAUGCUGAGCAUGGUCAAGUACAACUCCUGUGCCAACAGGCCCUUCUCUGCCCCCUGGUGGUUCUGGCUCAGCCUGACUGGCAUUAAUCUGGCUGGUGCUUUAGGGGUCAAGUUUGUUGGCCUCUUUAUCAUCCUGCAGGUGGGGUGGAACACCCUUUCAGACCUUUGGCACCUGUUUGGAGACUGCAGUCUUUCAAUGGUGACUAUGGGAAAACACCUGACCGCUCGCAUCCUGUGCCUCAUAGUGCUGCCAAUGGCUCUCUACACAGCCACUUACGCCAUUCACUUCAUGGUGUUGAGUAAAAGUGGUCCUGGUGAUGGCUUCUUCAGUUCUGCCUUCCAGGCCCGGCUUUCAGGAAACAACCUUCACAAUGCUUCCAUCCCUGAAUACCUGGCCUAUGGCUCCGUGAUCACUGUGAGGAACCUGCGGAUGGCCAUCGGCUAUCUGCACUCGCACAGGGACCUCUACCCCGAGGGCAUCGGCGCCCGCCAGCAGCAGGUCACCACCUAUUUGCACAAGGACUACAACAACCUGUGGAUUAUCAAGAAACAUAGUACAAACUCAGAUCCCCUAGACCCUUCACUCCCCGUGGAGUUUGUGAGACAUGGAGACAUCAUUCGACUAGAACACAAAGAGACUUCUCGGAACUUGCACAGUCACUAUCAUGAGGCCCCCCUGACCCGGAAGCACUAUCAGGUCACUGGCUAUGGCAUAAAUGGGACAGGGGACUCAAAUGACUUCUGGCGAAUUGAGGUUGUAAACAGAAAAUUUGAAAACCGAAUCAAAGUGCUGAGAAGUCAAAUUCGACUCAUCCAUCUGGCCACAGGUUGUGUUCUGGGCUCCUCGGGAAAGAUCCUGCCCAAGUGGGGCUGGGAGCAGUUUGAAGUCACCUGCUCUCCAUACCUAAAGGGAACUCUCAACUCCAUCUGGAAUGUAGAGGACCACAUCAAUCCCAAAUUGCCAAACAUCAGCCUGGACGUGCUGCAGCCCAGUUUUCCCGAGAUCUUGCUGGAGUCCCACAUGCUGAUGAUCUGGGGAAACAGUGGCCUCAAACCCAAGGACAAUGAGUUCACAUCCAAACCCUGGCACUGGCCUAUCAACUAUCAGGGCUUGCACUUCUCGGGAAUCAGUGACAUGGACUUCCGGGUGUAUCUGCUCGGCAACCCGGUGGUUUGGUGGCUGAAUCUGCUGAGCAUUGGCCUCUACCUCCUCUCAGGGAGCAUCGUCGCUGUGGCUGUGCAGAGGGGGGCACGUCUGCCUGCCGAGGUUGAAGGUCUGUCCUGGGUCCUUCUGCGAGGAGGCGGGCAGCUCCUGUUUGGCUGGAUGCUCCAUUACUUCCCGUUCUUCCUGAUGGGCCGGAUCCUCUACUUCCACCACUACUUCCCCGCCAUGCUGUUCUCCAGCAUGCUGACAGGCAUUCUGUGGGACACUCUCCUGCGGCUCUGUGCCUGGAGCCUGGCCUGCUUUCCCCUGGCCGGGGGCAUACAUGCGGUGGGAAUCCUCAGCCUGCUCCUUGGAAUUGCCUACAGCUUCUACCUCUUCCACCCUCUGGCUUAUGGGAUGGUUGGUCCCCUAGCCCAGGACCCCCGAAGUCCGAUGGCAGGACUAAGGUGGCUGGAAUCAUGGGACUUUUGAGGCCACUGCAAGGACACCAGCCUGAGUCCAGGAACUUCCUGGGGACAGCCAGCUGCAGAGCCAGUCCCUGGACCUUCCCAACUGUGGAGGAAGCUACCCGAGGAACCUGCGGAAUUCUGCUGCCUGCCAGGACCAAGCCCUGGGAGCAUCUCGGGAUUAGCCCAGCGCUGAAGAGAGCUCUGCUCUGUCUGCAGAAGUUCCACCGCUGGACAUGGCUCAGCAACAGGCGAUGACAUCUCUCAGCCCGUUUCCCCGAGUGUGCAGUGUACGGAAGGAUGAGUGUGCAAGGGGUGGGUGUGAGCGUGUGAGAGAGCGUGCGUGUGAGGGUAUGUUUGUCCGUAUACCUGUGGAAUAUAGAUCGUGACUGUGGACAGCUAAGUGUCAUAAACUCUAAGAAAUCGUCCAGGGCUACAGUAAUAUUUUCUGGUAUUUUUUUCAAACUGGAUUUGGUUUGUAAUGUUCAUCAAAAAUUCUCAGACCUCCAAGAACGCUGAAAACACUGGCCCCACUUUGGGAUAUCACCAAGGGCAGAGCAGAUGGGAUUGUCAACACCGUGCUGCCCUCCUUCCCACAAAUAAACAAAUGCAGCUGAGUGCCCCUGAGCUAGAGGGCCGGCCUCCCAACUCUUCCCCGAGUGGCUGCUGUGGGGAAGUCUCCUCCGUGGCAGCAGAUGGCUGGACGUCCUGCCCGAAAUGUGCGCAGAGGACUGGGCCCCAGGACCAGGCAGCUGAGAACUCACAGCCCUGUUGGCCCUCCUCAGCCCUCGGUUCCUCGCCGUCUGGGAGUGUGACACCCUGAGACUGGUGGGAGGAUUGGUGCCCUGUCCUUGGCUGCUGUGUGUUUCUGGCCCUGUGUGCCAGAGGCGAUUUCUGGCUACCCACCCUUUGCCCUCUGCUUCCAGCCUGGCUGUGGGAGCGGGACGGAUGCAUUCUCCCAGCUUUGGGGAGAGCCUCUGGGACCCCUUUCCUAGCAGUGGAGGCGGAUGUGUGGCAGAGCAGGGAUCUGUGUGGUGCUGGGCUCUGGUGUCCCAGUGGGGUGUUGGGAUGUGGGCUGCUCUAGCCUGCCUAGGCUGGUGUUCUUGUCACUUACCAAGUGUUCCCCAUUUUUACUUCUCUAGUCCUCCCCUGCUGACACCCCUCUUUCACUCCAUUCCCUUUCCUUUCUCUGUCACUGUUUUACGAAUCUCUUUUCCCUCAAGACCCAGAGCACCUAGAGAUGCAUCAAGCCUUCUACUCUCUACCACUUUGAAGCCCAAGCAAGAAGCUCAGAGCUGUUCCUUUCACUUCCUCCCCAAAUGAAGGGGAUAAAGAAAACCCUCAGGUCAGAACUGAACUAACCCAAGGCCAGUCCUUCAGCUGCCUCCAUUCUCCUGGUGCAUGACAAAGUAUUACUUUGUCUCAGAGGACUGUGAUACCUCAAGGUUUAAUGAUGAAUCUCUGCCACACUCCAUCUUCCCUCCUCUGUAGCCCCCACCAACUCUGACAGGGUCAGAGCUCUUCAGAGCAUCUUUGCUAGGCGGUUGCCACGGAGACUGGAAAUUGGUCCCAAGGACAGGCUGUGCUACCUACUGGGUGGUGGGGAGGGAAGCUUCUGGCCACGUUCAGACCAACCAUCAUUAAUGUUAAUAGAGGAAAUGCAGCAACGUCAAAAGCAAGGCAGGUUUGUUAAUUAGAUCUGGGGCCUGAUGACCUCCCUUUCCCAGGGCUGCAGCCCUUUUGACUUCCCCCAGCAGGAAGCACUGCCGGGUGCUGAGUCUGGGCUGCUUGCUUAAUUGCAUUUCUGGAAGGGAAGGAAAACCUCCGCUCACUGCCCGCCCUCCUCCACCCCCCACAACCCCUUCCCACCCUUCCCCACCACAGGCCGAGUCAGUUUCUUCUGAGCUGGGUGGGGGCAGCCAUCUAGGUGGGCUCUCCUGGCGGUGGGAUGUUGGAACCUGUGCUUGGCUCUCAGCAAAGAACAGUGACCGACAAUGACAAGCUGGAGGUGGCUGAUGUUCCCUUGUGCCUUCUUAUUUCCUAAUGAGAACUUGUUGGAAGGGAGAUGCUCAGAAGGAGCCAGAGGGGCAGCCACUCUGAGUGAGGAUGAAAGGAAGGAGAAAGCUCAGCCAGCUUCCUGCCCAUCCCUCCCUCCUCACUGGCCACACCAGGGACAAAAGUUUCCUCUGUCUCUUCCACUGCUUCCCCAAGAUGGGAGAAGAGCUGUGUGCCCACUCCCUCCUCUUCCUCCUUGCCCAGACUGGCAGACACUUCUCUGGGGAUAAGGCCACAUGGGUUGAUGCAGCUCCAAGUACUCAGGUUCUGCUGUUGGAUGAUUCUGGGGAGGGGGCUGUUGAGCGGUGUCCAGCCCACAGGAGCUGGCAGAGUGUGACAAGCCCUGCAAACUUGCUGGUGGAGAACGAAGACAUUUGUCAGUCAUUCCAACCUCCAGCCAGCUUCUUGAACCACAUUUUAUAUAUUAAAAAAAGUUUCCACAGAUAAUCAGAGGCCAUUUACUUUUGUAAUAAAUAGCUCUUGUUUUGAA